AUGCAGAAUACGAAGGCCCCCGCCCGCGGCUACAACGCUGCUCAGCCAGCCCACGUUCAGGUUCAGAACACCAUCGAGAACAUGCGAAACAUGCGAGACGGUAAAGACCUUCGCAAGUAUUCCAAGUCCGCUCGCAAGGAGCUCUUGCUUGGAGGGACUAUCGAUAUCAUGACGAAAGAUGGAAAGACAGUCAUCGGUGCCGUUCCGAAGCUGGCUCUUGUGGUCGCAUCCUCAACCUUCCGUACCUACUUGGAGAAGAGCCCGAAUAGCAGCUCCGUCAAAAUCUCGAACACCUCCAUUGAUGUAUCAGCCGUGUCGGUUCUACUCAUCUGGCUCAACGCUAUCACCAAGUCCGUCGGCAAGUACGGUGUCACCAUUCCCGACUCGAAUGACGAUCUCAUAAAGAUCCGCUAUGCAGCCCAGAUGCUGGGCAUGGACCCCUACGUCACACACCUUGUUAAGGCUUACAAGGAUGAUCUGCGUCUACGCACUCCUCCGCCAAGCGAGUGCACUCUCCUCGAGCAGUGUACCGUGUACAAGAACGAUGAAAUGAUCAACGCCAUGGGCGCACGCUUGGCUUAUCUUCGUCGCACUGGCUCCUUCGGGAAGGAGGACUUGAUCGUUCUCACUGAGCUCUUCAAAGAUAACAAGAACAUUGGGGAUGCCGCUCAGCGAGCCGACGCUCGCGCUCUGAGCAAGCACGACGGUGGUGCCUCUAAGGCCUAG